GGAGUAGUGGGCGUGCCCAUGCCGUUUUAAUGUAAACAAUUUGAAAGCAACUCGUUUAUCGCGACUUUUGAGUAAAAAUUCUUAAUUUUUGUUAAAAGUCAUGCCGCAAGAAACUAGUAAUUCUAACAUUUAAAACUAUAAGAACAAAAUCCAACCAAAAUGAGAUUUGUUGGGCUGUUUCCUGCAAUAGGCUGUGCAUUAUUGGCAAUUAUUUAUAGCCUCUGUCCUUGUCAAGCUGAAUCAUCCGCCAGUCUUGAGCAGAUUGACCACAGCACAAAUCUUCUGCCCACUGGCGAGAACGAGGAAGUGCUGGUGGAAGAGGGUGAAAUUGCUACAGAGGAGAACCCCGUCGGUGAGCCCAUAGUGGAUCCAACAAUCGAGGAAAAGAACGUCACAGCAGCCAAUGCAACAAGCACCUUCUCUGUUGCUUGCAAACCAUACGCUGAUGGACCCACUCCCGUCGAGCUUGUAAAUGGAACUGGUCUUCUGGCUUUACUUGAAACCGAGGCCAAUGUAACCAGCCGAAAGACACCUGGUAGAUGCGUUGGGCUUCUGUUUUACGCCAGCUGGUGUCCUUUCUCUUGUCUCGCCGCACCUUUCUUCAAUGCCCUUCCAAGGACAUUCCCAGCUGUGAAGUUUGCUGCAAUUGAUUCAAUGAAGCACUACAGCUGGAACACACAGUUUGGUAUUGUCGGUGUGCCAACGUUCCUUCUCUUUCACAAUGGGCGACCCGUCGCUCGCUUCAAUGAGACUGAUUACAAUCUUAAGAUGUUUGCAAAGUUUGUCAAAAAGUGGACUGGAAUCGAGCCUGAAGGCAUGUUGAAUGUGUAUUCAGCAGACUUUGCUGGGCCCCUUCCAAAUGUAGUGGAGCAGUCCACAGAUCAGUGGUUGAUACUGUCCUGGGCUUUUGUAGCCUUUUGCGGUAUUUUCGCUGCAUUACGUUCUACUCUUUGGCGCCAUAUGAUCGACGGAGUGAAGCGAGUUUGGAGAGAGGCUGAUGAAGUCCACCAUGAGCAUGCUGACUAAUGAUCAGAUGCAUUAAAAGAUUUCAUUGAAGCAUCAACGGCAUGGAGAAGUUAAACAUAAUUUAAUUGUGAAUCCAAAUAAUUGACACGCAGUAAUUGAGAAAAUUCAAGAAGUGAGUGAUGUAAAUAAUGUUCAGUCUUAUCGGGGUUUAAAAGUGGGUUGCGACUGACAUUUGUUGAAGCUGGCAAAUUGCUUAGUCAGUAGGUCUUAAAUGUUUAUUAAUAAAUGAUGUGAUUUGAGUUAAACAA